AGAGAGCAGGCUGAGCAUCAGGGUGCUGCAAAGAAGACCUGACGGUUUCACAUGUCUGUGCAGUACUGACUAUGCUGCUCUUGGUAGCACUUGGCAUAGUUUUAUCCUCCGUUGCGGUCACUGCUGAGAAGGCUGAGGAGAGCCACAAGCCACCGACGCCGCCGCUCGACUACAGCAAGCUGUCCCUGCCGCCGGAGCACGUACCGUACUUCCUCUACAACAACAAGAAGGUCGCCAAGCAGUGCCGCCUGGACCCUUUGUGUCCUUUUAAAGAAGCACUGAAAGAUCUGCCUGCCUGCUGGGGUUAUGAGAAGAAUUGUGAUCCACAAAGACGCUUCAGCUAUCCCGUCUGCACGAGGGCUGACUCUUCAUGGGCCCGUUCACUGACUGCAGCACAGGAGGUCUUCUGGAAGCAGGCUGAUUUCGGCUACGUCCAGGAGCGACUCUCCGAGCUUAAAACGCUCUGCAAGGCCAGCAAGUUGGGCCAAUCGUCGUUAAGGUGCAGCAGCCACACUAGAUUCUGUAAGGCAACAAAUCUUUACCUCGACUUGCGGAAACCACGCAGGAGCCAUGAAAGAUACAAAGAGGACUUCAUUCAGGCGGGUGAGAUCGGUGGACACUGCAGACUAAACAAGAGAGCACUCGCCGCUGAGGGGGACCACAAGAGCCCUCUGCAGUCAUGGUAUGCUGAGCUCCAAACAUUCACAGAGCUGGACUUUAAUCCAAUCGAGGGUGGACAGUGUGACCUCAUAAUUGAGAAACCAACAGUUUUCAUGAAGCUUGAUGCUGGGGUGAAUAUGUACCACCAUUUUUGUGACUUUGUCAACCUCUACAUCUCCCAGCACAUCAACAACUCCUUCAGCUCGGAUAUGAACAUUGUCAUGUGGGACACGAGUUUUUAUAGUUAUGGAGAUCUGUUCACUGAGACAUGGAGGGCCUUCUCAGACUACGAUAUUAUCCACCUAAAAACAUAUGACAACAAAAGGGUGUGUUUCAAAGAUGCCUUCUUCUCUCUUCUCCCAAGAAUGAGAUAUGGCCUCUUUUACAACACGCCUCUCAUCUCAGACUGCUCCAGUGAAGGGAUGUUUAGGGCGUUUUCUCAACACGUCCUGCAUCGGCUCAACAUCCUGCAAGAGGGGCCAAAGGAGGGGCGUGUUCGUGUCACCCUGCUGGCUCGCAGCACAGAAUACAGAAGGAUACUGAACCAAGUGGAGCUGGUAAAUGCCCUCAAGACCGUGGCUUUACUGGAGGUCAGUGUGGUGGACUACAAAUUCAAGGACGUUCCCUUCCUGGACCAGCUGAGGGUCACCCACAACUCCGACAUCUUCAUAGGGAUGCAUGGGGCCGGGCUCACACACCUCCUCUUCCUCCCAGACUGGGCUGUCAUCUUUGAGCUAUAUAACUGUCAGGAUGAGAGCUGCUAUCGAGAUUUGGCUCGGCUGCGGGGCAUUCGAUACGUGACUUGGCAGAAAAUGGACAAAGUGCUCCCACAGGACAAGGGUCACCAUCCCACCCUCGGGGACCAUCCGAAGUUUACCAACUACUCCUUUGAUGUGGGGGAGUUCAUGCGCAUCGUGCUGGAGGCCGUGGAUUACGUAACACAGCAUCGGAAGUGGCGGCGUCACGUGAAUCACGAUGAACUCUAGAAGAGUUGUGUCGCAUUGGAAGAACUUUUUCACCUGAAUCUGCCGUUUGAUGUGGUGGAGAAAGGCUCCUUCACGUCGGCAGAGGAAUAUUUAGGAUUGUUUUUAAAGGUGGCGAUACUCGGCGUGGCGAUGGGUUAUUUGUCAGCUCCCACCCGCUCCUCUGAACGGUCCAGAUAAAUGGAAGCGGCACAGGCAGACAGCUCAAGUUUGAGUAGCUUUCACUAGCUCUAUUAGUGUCAAAUCAGUUAAAAGACUUGGCGCGUGCACUCGAAGCAUCUGGAGCGCAAUAAGAUGUGUCCUAUGUUUCUUCAUUACCUCCAGUGCGUCUACUUCAUUCCGUGCCGACAAAGUUAACAAAUGAGCAGCUGUUGCGGCAUUCCUUCACAUGCGACGUCUUGUCCCAUUUGAUCAGUGUCACGGCGACGCCAGUCUCUUUAGAGUUGUUGACAAUCACGCCGCAGCCCGCCGGAGCGCGUGCGAUUGCGCAGUAUUAACAUGCUGGAUUCACACAUGGAAAACUAGAAGAUGUGUGUUUGGUGGAUUAUUUAUUUGUUGCAACAGUGUUUUGCUUUCAUUAGUUCUGUUUGAUGGAUUUGAAAAUGUGUCAAAAUAAUGAUGUUUACUGCUCAUCCUACAAAUACAUGUUUCUUCCGAAUGUAACACCAUUCAAAGGGAAAUCAAACUGUUUCAGCACUGUAGAUUUGUUUUAAAGAAGCUUUUUUUUUUCUUUUUUUUACAACAAAGUACUUAUAAAAAAAUUAUUAUAAAAUAAUAAUUAUAAAAGAAAAAUGUCCCCACUUUUCGAUUUUUGGUUUAGUUGCUCAUUACAGUCAGUCUGAUACACACUUUGGAGUGAUGUUCACAACAAAAAUCUACAACUCUGCAAAGUUUAAAGACGAUACAUCUGUCAAUCCUACAAGAUCAGUCUGCUGUGUGUUUGUGACUGGAGCCUCACACAAAACAUUAAGUUUUAAAUACUGUUCAGAUGUUUGUAUAAACUAAAAUAUAACACUCCAAAUUGUGUGACAACUGUUUUUUUUAAAUUGAAACUAAAGUAUUUCACUGGAUUUGUAUUUAUCACUUUGUAAGUUUACAGGAUUUUCUUUUCUAUUCGUCUACUUGUUUAUUUAAACCAGUGUUUUUGUGAUGACAAAGCCUUUGAUAUGCUGCGUCUUGUUGUUUAUUUGCAUUCUACCAAGCGAAGUACCAGUGUCAGUAUGGUUAAACUAUGAGGACGCUGCUGCCUGUUUCCUUUCCUUCGGCCUCUUCGACCAUUUUACUUUGAUAUUUUACAGUUAAGUUGUUGAAAGCCACCUGGGCAGUUUCCAAGAGUAUUUUAAGCAACCAGAAGAUGAUUUUUGUAUUUUUCUGCCUCUCUGUGAGCUUAAUGUUUUAUUUAUCAGCCUAACCAUGUUGGACU